ACUCUGCAGAUCAAUGACUUUACGAAUUUACUCUGCCAUAACGUUUUAGAUGAGAAUUCGGCAUCAUUUAAAAAUAUCUUUAAAUUUUCAACACUGAGAACAUCAACCCAAACAGAGCUGGUAUAAUUAAAUGCAACGCGUUGUUUUCUUUGAAAAAUUGUUACUAAGAAAAAGUAAAGAUUUUAAAAGUGCAAGAGAUACAAUUUAUUGAAUAACAGUCUAAGCGUCACGCACAAAACAUAUCCAAUUUCUACAAACUGUAGAAAAUAAUAAAAACGAUGAAAAAAAAAAUGGAAACAAUAACACUGAAAUUGAGAUAGCCUGCCUCAAGCCUGCAAAUAAAACUCAUGGAGUUGAAAGUGUUGAUCUACAAUGCGUAAUAAUGAGUUUACUCAGAAAAUGAUUUUUAAAAUGAAGAAGCAGCUUUUGUCAUCUUUUUUUAAUAUCACUGUUAACAUUAUAUUUGUUGGCGGCCUAAUUUUAUCAAAAAGUUCAAUUGAGUUCUGUGAAAAUACAGGAUCAAGCAAUGAUCUAAAGGAUCCUACAAAUGUAGUAACCCAAUCAGCAUGUGAAAAAAAGAUGGUUGUUUUGUUGUCUGUUGGAAAUAAGCAGGGAGAAACUGAAAAGCUUCAGGCUGUUGUUUCUGUUGUUCAAAACUCAGCCACAAAUGAAUUUGCAAGACUAUAUAAUCCAUUUAUGAUAACUGUUUCAAAAUCACCUGUUUAUCUUAACUUCCCAUUCUUUUUUAAUGGGAUAACAGUAAAUAAUCAACCUUAUGAAGAAAUAAUUUUGAGCAAAAAUCGUUGGUAUGUUUCAGAUAGUUCUCGUCAAUGUUUAGACCAAUGGCAAGUGGAAGAAGAAGAUGACGAACAUCCAACUUGUGGCUACCAAUAUACAAACAGCACUCAAAAACAAACUGAUGGAACAUGGAAGACUGUCAAAACAAGAAUUUGGGACAGCCAGGGAUUUUGUUGCUAUUGUACGCAGGAUUUAAAAAACUAUUAUAUUAAAAAAGAUAUUCAAGAUGCUAACAGAGCUGGUAUUAUUUGCAAACCUUUGACAAAUUCCCCUCAAGCAUCUGCUCAUUGCAUGAGAAUGAGCAACUUAUGGUACACUUUAAAUGAGUUUACUGAGUCCUACAGAGAUUUUUCGAUUUAUGUGAAAGCUUUUGACCAAAUUACAAAAGUUGUACAAAAUAAAUCAUACAUAGAUUAUGUUAAUGGUGGUGAGAUACUUUUAUCACCAAGUCAAAAAAGUGCAACUGGAUCUUACAACAGGAUAACAGGGAAUUAUGUUGGUGAUCUUCAACCUAUUAAAAGCUAUCCUGUAUUAACAAACAACUAUUUUUUAAUUCCAUUCAGCUCUACAAAUGUUGAUCCCAAAAAAGAACCUCAGUUAAAGAGUGGAAUUUCAAAGUGGAUGAUAAUACCUCGCGAUUUAGUCAGUACAGAUGCAAAGCAAUGCGAUAUGAUUGGUGUUGGUUAUUCAGCAUUCAGAAAUCAAGCUGCUUAUGGAACGGGUUAUGGAUGCAGAGCCAAAAAAGGAUCAUGUUUGGCUAAUCAACCUUAUAACAAAUUUAUGGAUGAUGAGGAUCGAUUAGAAAAAGGUAAAAUGCCUUGGUAUUUUCCAGCAAGGUAUGGAAAAUUAGCAGGUGUUAAACAAAAUAUUGGCGACAAUGAUAAAUACCUUUUAACAUAUGAGCUUGAUGAUGAACAAAUUAGCCUGGUUACAUUACAAAUUAGUGCUGAUGAUGUUGUAUUAGUCUAUAACAGAGCUACCGGUAUAAUAACACGCACUGCUAUUCAAGAUUUUGAAGCUCUCUCAUUGGAAGGUCAACUUAGUGUUGAUGUUUUGAAUACUGGUUAUGUUUCAUCUGAUUUUAGAAUUUCAAUCCCAUCAUGCACAUCUGGUGUUCAGCCAAUAGAAGAAAAGCGUAUCACUAUUGAUCCUCAGAUGACAGAGACUAUUACAUUCAAAAUGAUGACUUCCACAGAUAAAAAAAGCGCACAUGAUUGCACAAUUAAUUUAUAUGACUCAAAAAACAUGCUGCUACAAAGUCGCAAUUUUACAUUUUCUACAAAAGCACCAUGUGUUUGUGAAGUACAAUCAUGCAAAUGCGAUUGCUCCGAAGGUGGUGGCGUAAAAUGUGUGCAAGCUGAAGGAAAGUUUAUAGAUAAUCCAAAUCUCUUUGUACCACAAUCCACAGGUUUUUUGGACAAGCUGUGGAGUAGUAUAAAAUCCUUUCCGUCUAUUAUAGGUAACUUUUUUAGUGGAAUAUUUGGCUCUUUAUUCGGAGAUCUGGUUCAGUAUGCAAUAUUUGCAGCAAUAGCACUGGUAGUAAUAUGUUUGUGUUGCAAUUGUGGUGGUUUUAGAUUGCUCAGGAGAUUCAUUCCUAAAUUCAAUAAAAAAGGGUAUAAACAUCUUAAACUAAAAAGAUACCAAGAACAAAUAUAUAAGCCAAAAGAGAUUACUAAUGGAAAUCCAACUACAGCCAUGCAAAGUAUUACACCCGUACCUAGUAUGCCUAUACCGUCAAAUACCUAAUGCACCUACUCUAUCAUAUGUAAACACUAACGUAUUAUCCAAUGAAAGUUAAAAAUUGUUAACCUUAAAAUUCUCUAAAAACGAGGUUUUAUACCUUGUAACAAGAAUUAUUCAUUCAAAUGUUACCUCACAGUUAUAAAUGAGGUUAAUAACUAGUGUCUUGAAAUUUAAAAGGUGUCAUCUAAAUGUAUAAACAUUUUAAUUAGUUUUUACGUUUUGUCGUGGGAAGGAGUGUUGUAACUUGAAUUCUUAUUUGUUGUUUUGUUUUUUUGAUUUAUCAAAUAUUUUCGUAUUUUUUCAAAGUUAUCAAAGUUAUUA